UAACGUUUGGUACUUUGAAGUACUUGGCACCCAUUUGUCUUUUAUCCUGUAGACAAUUAUCGUGUACUUUAAGAACAUACUUUGAAGCAGUUGGACUCCAUUUAUUAUUUGUCGUGCAGAUAUUCAUCAUGGACUUUAAGAAAAUGACCUUGUGCGUUCUGAUGAUGCAAGUAAACACGACAAUGUCUGUUCUAUAUGAAGGCCCUAGUGUGGACUGUGGACUUCGUCUAUAUUUUACAAAUGUCACCUGGUACAGCGCAUACAAACUUUGUGAGGAGGAAAACAUGGAGCUUUUGAUACCGGAUUCUGACAUGUUAACCUUCAAACCCGUUUUAAGGGGAAGGAUUGCGACGCGACUUUCGUCUCUAACAGAUAAUACGGGUUCUAACUUAAGAGUGUGGAUUGGAGCACUUCUGCGAAUUUCCUCCAACGAAAGCAUGGAUAGCCGUUGUAAGCCAUUAAAUGUUGACCUGCAUCUAGAUGAGCAAUCGCAACCACAAGAGGAUGUAUUGUGUCUUUCUUUUAAAUACUCCACCACAGAAAUUCAUGCCGAAAGCUGUGGCAAUAAUCGUGCUUUCGUCUGCUAUAACCCAAGACUUGAAAAAGAAACAAACUGCACGAUGACAUCAAACAGCACUAUGUUAAAUGACAGUGACCCAUACGUAUUGUGUGAAGAUGGUGUAGUACCAAAUUUUUUUGCCUCGUUUAAGAAAGACAAUACGUCGAUGUCUUACAGAUUCCAAGCAGCUGAAAAUUGUAGCAUCCUGUACCCGGAGUUCACCGAAAUAAGACAUGAAAGUACUUUUGUGUAUCUGCCUCAUCCUCCGAUAUACAAUCCUGACAAAGCAUUAUCCAAAUGGUGCCCUGGGCUUCAAGAGAAGAUUGAAACCAGGAAGAAGAAUUUGAUUGUCCAUAGAAAGGAAACAAAGAAGUACCAACGAACACUGAUUAGUGCUCCUGAUGACAGGCCAUCAUCUAAAUACAUGGGGGUGACGGGGGCCCUUAUCAUAUCUCUCGUUGCUGGGUUAAUUGUCUGUAUUGACCUUAUGAACUUUCGCAAAAAGUUAAAACCUGUGCGUGUCAAAAUUGAAUAAUGAUAAGAAUGAAUAAGAAUAAGGCCUUCACCACUGUAUGUAUGCUGCAGGUGUGCGGCAAGUUUAUUUUAAAACAACUUUCUCGUUUAAUGCAGAUACAAUGUAAUCAAGUUUAGCUGAAAUCUAUCAGCAAGCAUUUCAGUAUUUGGGGCAAAUUUGCAGCAAUGCACGCAGUAUAUUUGUUGAAGGCAUUUUCUGAUAAAGGCUUCUAGAAAAUCAAACGGAAGUUCUAUAUGGAAUAAUAAAAACACUGAUAAAAAAUUUACACUUAUACCUGAUUUAUUAGGCGUACACGUACUUUUUGACUGUGAACAAAGACACUUGUUUAGGAUAACAAUUACUCAUGAUUUUGAUGAUGAUAAAGUUCAUUAUCGUGAAUUGAAUAAUUCUACAUUAUUUAAAUAUAUACUUUAUUAUGUAUUUUUUUGUAAUAUUUACAAGAUAUUAAAAACUUCUUGAUAAAGAAAUUAUGUUUCGCAAUAAAAACAAUUGAAGCAAAAAAGGAAAUUUAGACUAAUAUUUCUACCUUUUUGUAAUAUUUUCGCACCUCAAAAGAAACAAAAGUGAUUGUUUUUUUUUCUUUUUUGUAAAUCUAUUUCUCCCAAUUUGCCGUAGGUUUCCUUUUACUAACUUCUUUAGAUAAGUGUAUAACAUGCAAUGCUAAAGUACUUUAAAAACUAUCCAAACAUUUCUAGAGAACAUACCUCAAAAGUUUUUUUCGUUAACUUCAAAUAAAUUGUCAUUACGUUUCACUUGAUUUACGGUGGAUAUAAUUCAUAUUAUAUACGUAUAAACUGAUGUUGCCCUGAGAUGAAGUCACAAUGAAUUCUAAAUAUUUCUAUUGUAGUUAUUUUGAGAGAUUAGCAAAAAAAAUCCUAUAAAAAAGGGAUGAGAUCAUUUAAGCAUGAGGACGUGAUAAAAGAAUCUAAUUCUUUCAGUGAUUUCUAUACCCUUUCCAAGGUUCGGAGAUAGAAUACACAACUCGUUGGAUAAAAAUCAUAAACCAGCAAAAAACCAUGACAGAUCCUUUAUUUAGGUAUACCCCUUUUCGACAAUCUUCGGUUGUUAUCACACACCACUUUUUGUAAAUCUAUUAUGACGUGGAUUUGGUAUGCGUUGUUGAUAUUCCGAUGUUCGAGUACCACGUCAAAUGAUUACGUCAGAAAGUUAAUAAGAGACAAGUUUAUAGAUUUGUUUACAAUUAUUAUUCAUCACAUGAUAUUUUUCAUUGUAUUAUGAUAUAAAAACAUUUCAUUGCAUUUUUUAUAUCGCUACAUGUGCCCUUAGUACCUGUUUAAAUGUUUUGACCGUAUUUUGCAGACAAAUAUCAUCCAGAUACUAGUUUGUAUAUUUAAAAAGACAUCAUGAAAGAUAAAGGAAACUAACAUGGUUUUUAGAGAAAAUGUUGUUUAAAACAUAUUGACCUCUUCCCGAGAUCGUGUUUAACAAUAAAAAUUAAACUUUGAGAAACUUUAUGUUCACUUUUUAUCUUAGAACGACUUUUUUUAAUCCGUGCUACAUUUUCAAGGAACGAUAAAAAUUAUGUUUUCAUUUUAUUUAAGGCCUAGACGACAGCCCUUAGGUUUUUAAUGUUAUACAUAGAAAAACAAAACAGAUUUAGAAAAAAGAAAUGUCGAUUAUUGACGUAAAUAACGGAAUGUAAAAAAAAUAUACAUCAUCAGGGAGGUCAGCAUAUACUAGAAAACAACUGACUACUGUGUAAAGUUUUUGCAGUAUAUUAUGCUAUAUAUAUGCCCCCCCCCCCCCAAAUAGUUAAAGAUUUUUAAAAAAUCAAGACAAUUUAAUGAUGUUUUCAGGCUUCCAUUUCGUCUACAUUUUAAACAAAAUUAACUCACACACUUUCAGUUUCUCGCCACAAGUUUAGGACCGUACUCCCAAGACAAAUACUCAUUUAAGGUAGUGCAACUUUAAAAACGGAUGUUAAAAAAUGUAAAAAAAAAAAAAAUACGUAUUUUAGUUAUUGUUUUCAUGUUCAUGCAAAAGAGAAAAUAUUGGUUUCGUUAACUACUGCGUAGUUGUGAGUGUUU